AUGGCUCCCGCCGACGACAUCUAUGUCAUCAACGGCUUCUACAGCUCGAUGCGGAGAAAGUACACGGCGCCAGGCGCCUCCGUCUACUACUUCUCGGUCGAGUGGGACUCGUCGCUGAUGUCGUGGGCCGAGUUCCGAGGAGAGGUGCUGGGCGCCACUGACCCGGAGCGUGCCAGCGUCGGCUCGAUGCGCUGGCAGAUCAUGCAGGACUGGGCGGCGCUCGGCCUCGUCGCGAAGCCCGACGUCGGCGACAACGGCGUGCACGGCUCGGCGAGCCCGUUCGAGGCGCUGGUCGAGCGGCUCAACUGGCUGGGCGCCUCACUCGACACCGACGAGACCGCCAGGGCCAUCGUCUCCGCCGGAGAUCCGCAGGUGGACGUGGGGGACGGGAACAUGGUGUCUGUCUUUGACGCCUUCGAGGACCUCUCCAUCGGUCCGAUGCUCAAGAAGGCGCAGGAGCUGGGAGGAGACGGGCUGGCUGCGCAAAAGCUGGGCGGAGACCCGUUUGAGGACGCGCCCGACUUCUCGACCAACCAGGCGGGCGCAUUCCUCUUCAUCAAGCCGCACGCCGUGACUGACGGCGCCAGCAAAGCUGCUCACGCCGCCGCCGCCUCCUCCGCUGCUGCCGAGGGCCUUCCGUCCCAGCACUAG